AUGGCAGCCAAUGCAGAGGCAACACCGCCUCCUCUUGUGGGAGUGCCCACAUCCAAGGAGAAGAGAUACGACAGACAGCUCCGUCUCUGGGCUGCCAGUGGACAAGCCGCCCUGGAAGAAGCUCACAUUCUGCUCAUCAACAACGGCCCUGGUGUCGUCGGCGUCGAGACGCUCAAGAACCUGAUCCUGCCUGGCAUUGGUCGCUUCACCAUACUAGACUCUACCCUCGUGUCAGAACAAGAUCUGGGCGUCAACUUCUUCCUCGACGAAUCCACUCUGGGCACCUUUCGCGCCGAAUCAAGCCGUCGUCUGCUGCAAGAGCUGAACCCCGAUGUCCAAGGCCACGCCAUCGCCGAGCCGCUCGAGACCUUCUUCGCCAAAGAGGGUGCUCUCAAUCCGUACACUCUCGUCCUCGUCACCGCUCCCAUCACGCCAGACGUCCUCCAAGUCAUCUCGACCCAUUGCCAGACCCACGCCGUACCUCUGUUCUAUAUUCACUGCUCUGGCUUCUACUCACACUUCUCUCUCUCGCUACCACCCGCCUUCCCCAUCGUCGAUACCCACCCUGAUCCUGCUUCAACAACCGACUUGCGCCUGCUCGCUCCUUGGCCAGAACUCGUCCACUUCCAGAAAGAGAAGACUAGCCAUCUCCAAGCAUUGUCUCCCGAAGAUAUAGGUCAUGUCCCAUACCUUUUGCUCUUGUUGCACUUCCUCGAUGACUGGCGUGCAUCUCACAAUGGCCAAUCACCUCAAUCCUACCAGGAAAAGACCGACUUCCGCAACAUGGUCGCCAAAGCCUCUCCACCCGACGAAGAGAACUUUUCCGAGGCUACCGCUGCCAUCAUAAAAUCACUCAAUCCACCUACCGCUCCUGCCUCUGUCCUCGCUGUUCUUGACGCUCCCGAAACAAACUCCCUUGAACCCACCUCCUCCGCCUUCUGGUACAUCGCCAAUGCCGUUCGCACCUUCUACUCUACGCAUAAUCAGCUCCCUCUUCCUGGUGCUGUGCCAGACAUGAAGGCUAGAAGUGCCGACUACAUCCAACUGCAGAACGUCUACAAGUCCAAAGCCCGCAAGGAUGCUGCCGAGGUCCUGCAAACUGUGCGCUCGCUCGAGGCUGCUGUUGGUCGCAGAGAUCCCAUCGACGAGAAAGAAGUAGAAGCCUUCUGCAAGGGUGCUGCUCACGUCAAACUCGUCCGAGGAAAGCCUCUUCGCAUUGCACGUGGUGAUGCCCCUCUUCACUGGGGUGAGGAUGUCGCCAAAUCUGCUGUCGAACACCUCAAUAACUUGACUUUUGGUCUGGACAGCGGCAUCUUGCACUACAUUGCCUUUUUCGCUUGGGAUGCAUUUGUCGGAAGCCAUAAUGUUGAUGCACUCGGUGGCGAGCCCAGAGUCCCUGGCUCGAAUGAUGUUGAUAUUGAUACUGAUACUGAAAAGAUGGUCGGCAUUGCUUCGAACAUUAUCGAUGCUCUGAUCAAGGAGGCUGGCACAUUCAUCGAGAACCCCGGAUACGAUGAGCUCAAGAUAAAUGGUCGUGCCGGUGCUUCCGAACUGCACAAUAUCGGUUCCUUGACUGGUGGCAUGGUAGCCCAGGAGGUCAUCAAGGUGAUCACGAAACAAUACGUGCCCAUCGACAACACAUGCAUCUUUGACGGUAUCGAGAGCAAGGCUUCUGUUCUUCGCGUUUGA